AUGACCAACGCUGAUGAUGGCCUGGACCAGCCGGAGCCGGGCGACGAGACAUCUGCCGACGCCGUCCAUGAUUUCGAUUCUCUUGCCGCUGCGUUGAAGAUGUUGCCGAGCUGCCAGAACUACAUUCAAUCACUACUGAAGACGCUGCAUCGGCUCAAGGAACAGAAGGCGACGAAAAGCGCAUCACAAGUCAUCUCCGAGUCAGUGCCUGCUCCAGGUUUUCCAGAGGCAGCUCCUCUGUCAGACGUGCUCAACACAGGAACGCAGACGAAUCAUAGUACUCCAAGCCUUGCAGAAAGGGACUCGGCGCAGGAACCACAUCGUAUUUGCCACGGCACCCACUAUCCGGUCAACACGCCGCAAGGAUCGGAUCUGAGGUAUUUUGGUGCCAGCUCCGUCUUCGCACUCACGGUCGCUACUGCAGCGCGGGUAAGCGGCGAUUCUGCGUACGGUCUGAAAACUCCUCAACGUGCAAGUACCAUCGAUAUGGAGCAUAGCGACUUCCACGGAAGCUGCAACUGCAUCGUCACAAAGGAUAUGGUCGAGAAGUCGCUGGACUUGUUCAUGGCAUCCAUUCAUCCAUUGUACCCUUUUCUGGACGCAGUAGCUAUUCGCUCCGACCUUGAGGCGUACUGGGACACGGAAUCAAGGGCGGCUGACCCCGAGACUUUGGAGGGUCAAACAGCCCACCGCUAUUUUCGAAUAAAGAUCAUCGCAGCAAUCGCAAGUGCUAGUCGAUCGCGACACGAUGCCAGUCGCAUCGCUUGCGAUCAUGGUUGCUACUUAGAAGCUGGUGAGUAG